GAGAGUUGUCGGGGUGGAGACUUGCCAGGGCCAUGAGGCCAGUGCAGUUCUCUGUGUCUCUGUACCCAGCUGGCCUGUACCUGGGGACCCCAAGCCAGAACCCAGGAUGGGCCCUGGCCUGGGUGCUGUGGCUCCCUCCAUUCUAUGCCCCUGGGGGAAGGUGUUCAGUGUGUGAAUUGUUCCCUGCCUCAGCCCAGGGGAAAGCUGAGGCCAGGAAGCAGCCAGGAUGAAGGUCAGGGCCUCCCUUGGCCCCAUCAGAUCUCUUGGCCCCACCAGACCCAGGGCCGCUUCCCUCCAGCCCUGGCUCCUGUUUGGCUGGAGGUGCCCCGGGCUGUUGGCCUGCCCUCGUCAGCAUCAAUCUUGCAGUCUCAGCAGCUGGCCUGGGUCUCAGCGGGAGGCAUCCCGUAGCUUCAGGUUUUCUGGCAAGGCAGAGGGUUGGGCUGGCGGGGAACACUGAGUGCCACACCCGCGCAGACUCUUCAUGCCAUCAAGGGGCCAGUCAGGGGGCAAGUGUGAGUGUGACCCUGAGGGCCCUGACCUGCCACUGCAAACCUCACACUCCUGCCUGGGUGGGGCAGGGAGGAGCUGGACCCCGGCUUUGGGAGUCUGGUGGGUAAUUAGACCCAGACAGGGAGGGCUCAGUGUGGGUCUGAGGAGGGAACACAUGUGUGCAGGCGUGUGCGCCACUGUGGCAUGUUGAUACUGACCAGCCUGGGCACCAGGCCCCCUCGGGAGCCAGCUUUGCUGUUCUGAGUGGAAGGGAGGUCAGGUUUCCCUGAGAAACCUCAAAAUAGCCCCCAACUGUGCCUGGCUUCCAGCGGGCAGCCCAGCCCCCAGGCCCUGUCUUGCUCCCUUUCCCCCUUCACCCCCAGCCCUUGUCCUGCUGUCUCCUCCCUGAAUGGUGGACCCUCAGCCCCUCCUGUACAAGGUGGUCAAGGGGUGCCUCAUGCAUUUGUUCAUUCGACCUGUCCUGAGAGUUUGUGACAUGCUGGCACGGGGCCAAUGUUGAGUCCACCAGAAUGGGAGGGUGGCCAGACUCUGAGCCACUGGGCACCAGCUGGCCAGGAUGGGUCUUCAACAAGAAAUCUCACUGCAGCCCUGGUGCCACCACCCUGCAGAAUCCUGUCCGACAACCACCGACAUGACAGAGCGCCUGUCGGCCGAACAGAUCAAGGAGUACAAGGGAGUCUUUGAGAUGUUCGACGAAGAGGGCAACGGGGAGGUGAAGACGGGGGAACUGGAGCGGCUCAUGAGCCUGCUGGGCAUCAAUCCCACCAAGAGUGAGCUGGCCUCGAUGGCCAAGGACGUGGACAGAGAUAACAAAGGGUUCUUCAACUGCGAUGGUUUCCUGGCACUAAUGGGAGUUUACCAUGAGAAGGCCCAGAACCAGGAGAGCGAGCUGAGGGCGGCAUUCCGCGUCUUCGACAAAGAGGGCAAGGGCUACAUUGACUGGAACACACUCAAGUACGUGCUCAUGAACGCAGGGGAGCCCCUCAACGAGGUGGAGGCAGAGCAGAUGAUGAAGGAGGCCGACAAGGACGGGGACGGGACCAUCGACUAUGAGGAGUUUGUGGCCAUGAUGACCGGGGAGUCCUUCAAGCUGAUCCAGUAGGUGCAGCUGCCGCAGCCGGGGGAGGCCUGCCUGGGAAGGCCGCUGCCCCUGCCCCUGGCCCCCCACUCCCCCGGCUCUGUGUAAAAUAAAUGUUCCAGCCUAA